ACUAGCCAUGUCUCCUCUUUCUUUCCAGUUCUCCUCCUCCUAUGCGCUGGAGUCUGUCUUGCAGAAGUCGUCUCACUCAGGUCUCAAGCCAGCAACCGAAUCACAGAUCUCACAACUCGCGUGAACAUCGGUCGCAGUCAUGAUACUUACGCCAGUCCAACCGGCAUCGUUGACAACGAGCUUGAGCUUCUCGACAUCGUUCUUGUUGCGUCGGUAGACGGUACUUUGCACGCUCUGAACAGGACUUCUGGCAUUCCUCUUUGGUCGAUGUCUUCACCCGUUACCGACACUGUUCCACCAUCUCUCGGCCCCCUCGUACGGACCCAGCAUCCAAAACCUGAACCUGGGGAGGAAGAUACACUAGAAGUCUAUGUUAUCGAACCACAGUCCGGAGAGAUCUACGUCAUGCUCACCCCGGACAGUCCUCUGCAGCGCCUGCCACUCUCCAUGCCCCAACUAGUGGAGAUGUCGCCGUACAGCAUAUUCGGAGAGGACGGUAUAAAGGUGUUCGUAGGAAAGAAGGAGACUUCGCUCCUUCUGGUGGAGCUUGAGACAGGCAGGGUGAAGGCUACAGUGGAUCCACAUUCGGAGUGCCCUUGGGAUCCGUUCGAGGAUAUCUCGCGACAGUCAGACGAAGACGAUCUGGAUUUGGACGAGCUGGAUGGGUCGAAACCCUCCAGGCGGAAUCAGCCAACCACAGAGGUUUUUAUUGGGCGAACAGACUAUCACAUCUCCAUUCACACAAAGCCGUCGACUCCUGGACUACCCCGUCCACCGGUGCAAAACUUGUCAUUCUCGACAUAUGGUCCGAAUAACCAGGACCAGGUGAUGCAGAACCUGUACCGGCGAACAGCAGACGAUACCUACAUACAAUCACUUCCUAAUGGCAAGAUCUUGUCCUUCAAGUCAACCCUGAAUACGGAUACCGACGCUGCUCUCAACGCUCAGCUUGUUUGGGGGCGCUCGUAUUCAAGUCCGAUUGUUGCCGUUUUUGACGUCGUCAGAACUCCAGUGCGCAGCCAGCCUUUCGUGCUAUUACAGCCACGAAUUGGCCUCGAGGAUCUUCUCCCCAACACCGAUCUGGCCUCCGCCGCUAAACAUGAUCGUCUCCCCAAUUUAGAGCGCGCAUACGUCGGUAUGGUCGAAGAGACGGGCUCACUAUAUGCUAUGAGUCCAGACAGAUACCCGCUAGUUGUGUUUGGCGACGCAAAUUUCGAAGAGGAUUAUGCACGUCGUGGCGGUCGCACGAUUGAUCCUCCACCGGGUUCAAUCGUCUUCGAUUCAGACAGAGACUUCCCCGCUGAAGUCGACUCGGUUGCCCAGGCGGUCAAGCGACAGAAACUGAGGGAGCUUUGUCGGAAUGGGAGCAAUGACAAGCGGUGCCUUAUUGGUGUGCGCCCUCUGGAGUCGUCUCGCCUCAGUAGGUUGCUGGACGGCCCGCCCACUGUACCAUACCCUCCUGGGUGGGACAUUCCUGGCGGACAGCUUUCACCCGACAGUCGUGACAACUACUCUGGACCGCUUCCAGGUGCUGGCAAUGCUUCUGUUCCGCCGCCACCGGGAGCAGGCGGUCGCGUGCUCGAGGGAUCCUCCGGGAAUUUCGUCGGGUACUCUGCUCAGGCAUUGUCUACGUAUGCUGUCGGGCUUGUCACGCUCGUGGCGAUGUUCGCAUGGCUGUUCCAGAAGAUCGAGCGCAGGUCGUCCCGUCCAGCAUCUCCUAUACCGGGGAGCAGCCCACCUGUUGAUGGUGCGCCGGUACCCAUCUCUGUCGUUGAAGCCGUCAAAGUCGUCGCGCCUGCCGUGGACUUCCCUGUUGUCAGUGCCUCCCUUGACCAGCCGUCACAAACAGAGACAAAGCCAGAAGAUCCACGCCCGGAGACGCCUCGUCCCAAGAGCAAGGUUGCGUUCGCUGAUUGGAUGAAAGUCGACGCUUUGGCUGCCGAUGAAGAUGAAGGUGGUGAGAACGGAGCGGAGGGCGAUGAGAGUGACGGCGACCAGGUACCUGCAGCUGGUAAGCGCAAGCCUGCGCGCCGGAAGCGAGGAAAGAAGAAGAAGCCUGGGAUGCUCAAUGGUAACGCAGAGGAGGCGAACGGAGAGGCGAAGCCGGCCGUCAACGGUGCGGACGAAGAGCCUGCUACACCCAGAGGCGAGCGGUAUCCAGUUCAUGUUGUAUCCCCUUCAAUUGCCGUCGUGCCUCCACCUACACCACCUGUCCCUGUCAUACCGUCUCUUGUCGUUUCAGAUACCGUCCUCGGCUACGGCUCUCAUGGAACGGUGGUCUACGAAGGCUCGUUACAAGGACGCGCAGUCGCAGUAAAGCGUCUGUUGCGGGACUUUGUAACGCUCGCCGACAGGGAAGUCAACGUGCUUCAAGAGUCAGAUGAUCACCCGAACGUCAUUCGCUACUACUACCAAGAAGCGCACGCCAACUUCUUUUUCAUCGCUCUCGAGCUCUGCCCCGCCACGCUUGCAGAUGUCAUCGAGCGUCCAGACCAAUUCCGUGACAUUGCGAUUGCCUUCGAGCCGAAGCGUGCCCUACGCCAGAUUACCUCCGGGAUUCGACAUCUGCAUGCCCUGAAGAUCAUCCACCGCGACAUCAAGCCGCAGAACAUCCUGAUAUCGCAUGCGAAGAAGGGUAUCGGCGAGAGCGCGGGCCACCGGAUGCUUAUCUCCGACUUCGGUCUGUGCAAGAAGCUCGAGGUGGACCAAACGAGCUUCCUGCCUACGGCAGCUGCUGGCACCGUCGGCUGGCGUGCACCGGAAGUUUUGCGUCGCGAGGUCCGGAUAGACGACUCGGCCGGCGACGAGUCGCAGUCUUCACGCGGCAGCGUUGGUUCCUCGUCGGACAACAGCGCGCUCAGCGGCAAACCGACGAGACUGACCAAGUCUGUCGACAUAUUCGCGCUGGGAUGUUUGUUCUACUACGUGUUGACGAUGGGCGGGCACCCAUUCGGCGAGCGAUACGAGCGAGAGAUGAAUAUCCUGAAGGACACAAAGUGCCUGGAUGGACUUGAGCGGUUCGGGGAGGAGGGUUCAGAAGCUGUGGACCUGAUUUGCAAGAUGCUGAGUCCGGAGCCGUAUGCGAGGCCGGACACGUCAACAUGUUUACUGCAUCCAUACUUUUGGGACCCAGGCAAGCGCCUAAACUUCCUCCAGGAUGCGUCGGACCGAUUCGAGAUCAUGUGCCGCGACCCGCGGGAUCAGAUGCUGAUCGAGCUGGAGAAAGACGCAUUCAACGUCGUAGGCAAUGACUGGAAUGCCCGACUAGACAAGUGGUUCAUAGAGAACUUGGGCAAAUUCCGCAAGUACGAUGGUCGGUCAGUGCAAGAUCUCAUGCGCGCUCUACGCAAUAAAAAACAUCAUUACCAAGACUUGCCCGACCACGUCAAGCGGCAAAUCGGUCCAAUGCCUGAGGGUUUCCUAGCUUAUUUCACACGACGGUUCCCGCGCCUCUUCUUGCACGUCCACUCCGCUAUCAGUUCUUCGCCUCUGCGCUUCGAGUCUAUGUUCCGCACAUAUUUCGAACUCAACGAUCAAUAAUUUCAUGCAAUUCUUUUGUAUACAUUGGGAUCACUGGAUAUAUCUUAUAUGUCGUGCUGUAUUUGUACUGCUCUCACAUGCUGUUCUACUUAGCAAUCAUAAAUUACAUACUCUGCGAUAGCAAUGGACGAUGUGCGAGUGCAAUAAAUAGCAGAAGUCCUAUGGAUGCAAUGUCUGUGAAUGCCUAUGAAUGUAAAAUGACAGCCUGAAACUUCAUCGGCGCACCGCCAGUACAAUGAUGCAAACUAUCACCGCUACGCAGAGCAGAGAGCCACCAAAGGCAGCGGCGAAUCUGCAACGUUUGACCCAUGGGUCGACAAAGUGCACAUACCCAUUUUUCUCUUCAACCAUGGAGCGGACAGUAUGCACGGACCGAUUGUCCACAGGAGACAUGGGCAUCGUCUCCUGUGCCCGCACAUGGGACCGCCAGAACGAAGACAGAGUUCUUUUGGACUUGGCCUCCUUUGAGGGCUUGACGAUGCUCUUCGCUCUGCCACGCCUCGGCCAUUUCCACUCCACGGUCUGCAGAUACUGC